AUGCCCAUCCGUGCGCUCUGCACCAUCUGCUCCGACUUCUUCGACCACUCGCGCGACGUGGCCGCCAUCCACUGCGGCCACACCUUCCACCUGCAGUGCCUGAUCCAGUGGUUCGACACAGCACCAAGUCGGACCUGCCCGCAGUGCCGAAUCCAGGUUGGCCGAAGGUCCAUCAUCAACAAGCUCUUCUUUGACCUUGCCCAGGAGGAGGAGGGUGCCUUAGAUGCAGAAUUCUUAAAGAAUGAGCUGGAUAACGUCAGAGCCCAGCUUUCCCAGAAAGAGCGGGAGAAGCGGGACAGCCAGGGCAUCAUCGACACCCUGCGGGACACGCUGGAGGAGCGCAACGCCGCCGUGGAGUCUCUGCAGCGGGCCCUGGACGAGGCCGACAUGCUGUGCGCCACCCUCAAGAAGCAGAUGAAGUUCUUGGAGCAGCAGCAGGACGAGACCAAGCAGGCCCGGGAGGAGGCCCGCCGGCUGCGGAGCAAGAUGCAGACCAUGGAGCGGAUUGAGCUCCUACUCAAGAGCCAGCGGCCUGAGGUGGAGGAGAUGAUCCGCGACAUGGGCGCGGGCCAGGCAGCGGUGGAGCAGCUGGCCGUGUACUGCGUGUCGCUCAAGAAGGAGUAUGAGAAUCUGAAGGAGGCCCGGAAGGCCUCCGGGGAGCUGGCCGACAAGCUCAAGAAGGACCUGUUUUCCUCCAGAAGCAAGUUGCAGGCGGUCUACGCUGAGCUGGACCAGGCCAAGCUGGAGCUGAGGUCGGCCCAGAAAGAUCUGCAGGGCGCCGACAAGGAGAUCGCGAGCCUGAGAAAGAAGCUGAAGAUGCUGCAGGAGACCCUGAGCCUGCCGCCGGGGGACAGCGAGACCGUGAACCGGCUGGUGCUGGAGAGCCCGGCCCCCGUGGAGAUGCUGAGCCUGAAGCUCCGCCGGCCAGCCUUCAGCGACGACAUUGACCUCAACGCCACCUUUGACGUGGACACCCCCCCGGCCCGGCCCCCUGGCCUUCAGCGCGGCCCCGCCAAGAAGCUCUGCCCGGAGAAGGCACACGCUCCCACUCAGGACGGGCCCGGGAAGCUGCCCAAAGGCUCCACGCAGGAGCCGCAGCUCUCGCUGGGCGGCCAGCGCUGUGCGGGCGAGCCGGACGACGAGCUGGCCGGCGCCUUCCCACUCUUCAUCCGGAACGCCGUCCUGGGCCCCAGGCAGCCCAAGAGGGCCCGGCCGGAGCCCCACCGCAGCGCGGACACAGUCAGAACCGGCUUCGACGGCCUCGGGGGCCGGACCAAGUUCAUCCAGCCUACCGACACGACUCUGAUCCGGCCCCUGCCGGUGAAGCCCAAGGCCAAGGCCAAGGCCAAGCGGAAGGCGGGGGCCCGGGCGGCGCUCCCUCCCUCCCAGGCCCUCCUGUGGUGGGCCAACAACACCGGUUGCAGCUGA